UGCUGCGACUGCUGACACGCUGGCGCAGGCUCGAUCUCUGAACCAGUCAUCUCCACGGUAACCAGUCUCCGCUCGCUCGUACUGCUUAUAGCUCAGCAUCCAAUACGCACCACCACAAAGACUACCGUCUGGAUUUUCGUCAUGGUAAAGCUGGGCAGUAACCUAUCGGAGAAGGUGGAGCGACAGGCGUCGCUGGAAGACGGCUUCGACAACAUCCCCCUCAUCACCCCAUUGGAGGUCGGGCAGCUACAUCAGCCCUUCCCCGACAAGGUGAUCGUGAAGACCACGACAGAGUACGAGCUGCAGAAGAAGAAGAAGAAGAGGCUGUACGUGCCCAGCAUCAAGAAGCUCAACAUCAACCUGUACGACGAGGUGUCCGAGAAGGUCAAGCUCACUGGCCUGAUUCUGAUCACGUUGGCCUUCUUGGCGUGUUUGCUGCUACUGGUGAUGUACAAAGCGCUGUGGUAUGACCAGCUCAGCUGCCCCGAGGGGUUCGUCCUCAAGCACAAGCACUGCACGCCGGCCGCGCUGGAGAUGUACUACUCGGAGCAGGAGGGCGGCGCCGGCCCCAAGGGCGGCAGCCUGUACACGGCCAUCAGCCACCUGAACCAGGCCAAGAAGAGCCUGCCCGAGCUGCCCUCACCCUGGCUGCCCGUCAUCAACGCCCUCAAGGAGGCCCAGAGGGCCAAGGACGAGGCCGCACACAGCCCCGAGUAGAGACAGAGAGGAGAGAGAGAAAGAGAGAGAGAGAGAGUGAGAGAGAGAGACUGAUGGAGAUAGAGAGAGGGAGAGAGAGGGGAAGGGAGGGGAGAGAGGACGCUAACGUCUUUAUUGGUUCUUUUAUUGGGCAGUGAGGUGUUUUGUUGUUUGUUUUUGUUGUUUGUUUGUUUGUUUGGUUAUGGGUGGGUUUGGUGCCAGAGAGGGGUUCAUGUCUGCAGUGCCACUUGAUGGUUGGGUUUUUAGGCAAUGGGAUGUUUCCUAUUUAUUUUUGUUCUUUAUUUAUUAUUUACCUUUUUGUUGCUGUUGUUUUCGAGGGAGGGUUGGGGAGGUAAUCUGACGAGUGUGAAAAUGGAUGGAAAAUACAAGUGACAACCUUUAGGGAGGUGUCUGUUAUGAGGUGUGUGUGUGUGUGUGUGUGUUUGUAUUUCAGGUUGUUAUUCCACUUGCACAUGUGUCUAUAUGAGUGUGGGCAUCUGGCAGAAGUGGGCAGGCAGACUUUAGCGAGACUUUAGCGAGCAUUUUCGAUUGGUGGGCUGUACGAGACUCUCUGAAACACCAUCCUCCCAACCCCGCACCAUCCGUUAGAGCCACCCAUCUCUUAGCCACAACCCAUUUUAACAGACUGUUUUUUUCCUUCUUCUAAUCAGCUACAACCUUUUAACCCAGGGGACGUUGCUAAGUAUUCUGUGUCAAGUGUGAAAUUUCUGUGUUCUUAACACACCCACGCACAGUACUUCUCUCGGUUAAUUUUAUGUUCGUAGUACUUCUAGUCACCGUCCUGUACAGAGCUCCUAAUUGUAGAUUUCACUUGAACUUUUUAGAAGAGAGAAAAACAAAACUGGCAACUACGGAAAAGCACGCAUGCCCUCCAAAAACAAACAAACAAAAAAAACAAAUAAAAAAAGGAGAAAACUAGUGAAACCACAGCUCGCUCACGAUUCUUAACUUGUACUGUAGAUACCCCACAGCUGAAACGAAAGCCUUAUCAGAUUUGCUAGUGAUUUACUAUAUUAUGAAAUGUCAUUUUCUUUGUCAUUUUGAAGUUUCAUCUCUGUUGUCAUUUGUCACAGUGUCAUUGCCCAGAACAUACCUUAAAUGCAUGUGAAGAAUUUCAACAUUUAAUGUUUAGCCAAGUAGUGACCUACAUAAUAUCAAGUAGAAGACAAAUAUUUUGAAUGUACCUUCAUUACAAAAAAAGUCACAGGACAGGUCAAGGAAGUUUUACACAUUUUUAAGGUGAUGACUGCUAAGUAUUAUGUGCCAGUACACUUUAGGGUUUUUUUUGUCCAUCGAAUGUUCCCUCUCACUAACACACACACACACACACACACACACACACACACACACACCACACACACCACACACACACACACAUAAAGUAAAUGAAACACACACACCAGCAGUCCUUUGAAACCAGUGACAUGUUGAAAUGUAUAAAUGCUGACCGAAAGGAAUGUUCACAUCCUACCACGGCACAGUGGGCACAUAACAGUAUAAUGCUCCCCUUCUGUGAGAAUCCUUUGACCUGACUGCUAUAUUAAGUGAGAGUGUGUGUGUGUGUGUUUUUGUGUGUGUGUGUGACUGAACAUUUGUCAUAGGAAAUCUGUAACUGAUGCUAUUGAUGAAUGUAAAGAACAGUUAUGGCAACCAUGAACUUUAUGGCAGUUUGUUUUAGCUGGUCUUAAUCUGUAUCCUUAUGUUAUACUGUUAUGGCUCUCAAUUUACAAUUUAUCCUUUACUGUAUAUUAUUAAUUUAUUUCCUGAUUCCUGGUGUGUAUAGAUUAUUAAUUUAUUUACCUAUUUAUUUAAUUUAAUUUUAAUUUUUUUACCAAACUAUUUAUUUUACAGAUGAAAUAAUUUGAGUAUUAUUUUUUUAUAUAUAAAUUAUGUUCCUUUAUGUUGUGUUAUUUUACCUAUAUGCUUCAGACAGGAUUCAAAAAGCAAGGACUGUGAUUGUAUUUUCCUGAGCAGCUUGAGUACGGCCAUCUCUAAUGCUAAUCUGGUGUCCUGCUGUCGUGUGACCAACUCUGUAAAAUGUCAUCCUCCGCCUCUGCUUUUCUUUAGGGACGAAUAAAAAACAUUCUGUGUUCACUUUU